GUUCUAGUAUAUGCUACCAGGUGAAGGAACCUCAACAACAUUACACUAAGUAGAAGAAGUCAGACACAAAAGAUCACAAGUAUGAUUCCACUUAUAUGCAGAUAGGGACAGAAAGCAAACUAGUGGUUGCCAGGAAUUGGGAGCAGGGGAGAAGGAGGAGCAACUGCUAAAUGGGGAAUGGGGUUUCCUUUAAGGUGCUAGAACUGUUUCAGAACUAGGUAACAAUGGUGUUUGUGAAACAUUGUAAAUGUAUUAAAUGCCACUGAAUUGUUCACCUUAACACGGUUCACUUUAUGAUGGGUGAAUUUCAAUUAAAAACAGGAAAAGAAAAAAAAAAGAAAAAAGCUCUCUUGUGCACGUGCCCAGAGCAGGCUGGACUCGGAAUCUCUUCUCCCAGGCUGAGGCCGCGAUUCUCUCAGGGGUCUCCCUGCUGCCCCGCAUCCUCAGCCAAAGUCAAGACCCCGGUUCGAAAAUUUAAAGGGCAACACGGGCUUUGGAAAUCACAAUAGGGGUGUCAGAAAAAAGAGUAACAGGAGAGAAAGAGAAGCCGGUAGGACACUCGGCUCCUUACAUUGCCACCCCCUGACGGGUCAAGUUUCUCCGUGCAGGUUUGGGGCUAAGGAGCACCCGCACUGGGCACCCCAAGCUGGGCCUACGUGCGGGAAGAGCGUCGGACAGACGCGAAAGAAACCGGAACUGCUCAUCGAGGGCGCGUGUUUCUGGAGGGAGCUUGAAUGCCGAUGUCAAUGGACGCCGGUAAUCCAGCUUCCGGUGUCUCCUUUUGUUACCGGGUCUUAGCGGCGUGGGGACGGCGGUGGCGAUGAGGCAGAAGCACUACCUUGAGGCCGCGGCGCGGAAACUACGAGAGAGCUGCCCGGGCCAGGCCCGCUAUCUCCUCUGGACCUACGGUUCGUCACAAGAUGCUAAAAGCACUUUUGAAGGAACAUGUCCAUACUGUUUCCAGUUGCUGGUUCUGGAUAACUCUCGAGUGCGCCUCAAACCUAAGCCCAAACUGACAGCCAAAAUACAGAAACUUCUUAAUCGAGAAGCAAGAAAUACACUCAGUUUUAAAGAAGCAAAAAUUGUGCAAAAGUAUAAAGACUCCAAAAGUGUAUUGAACACCUACCUCUGGACAGUCAACACCCACUUGCUCCUCAAAGAAUGUGAGCAAAACAAAGAAACACUUCUCUCAACUAAAAUUGUUGCUUAGUCAGAGUGAAUCCCAAAAGAAAACAAAGGUUGACUUCAGAAAUUUCUUAUCUUCUUUGUGAAGGAUGGACUUUGUAAACAAGAAAUGUUUAAUGCAAUUUCUGAAACUAAAGUUAGAAAAACAGCUUUAUGAGAGGGUCUACUUACUCCUUUCUGGAUUUCUAUAGCCUUAUUGCUAAUUCAGAAAAAGGAUCAAGUAUAUGUGUACUUGUUUUCCCACAAGCAUCUGCAUGACUACAUACUAGUAAAAUCUUAACAUUCCUAUUUUGCAUGCAAAAGUAGAUAUAUGGGACAUUCUUGAUUAUAGAUGAUUCAGUCGGACACCAAAUUUUUCAUUUUUACAAUUUUCUAUUGUUCCUUUGGUAAUGUUUCACCAUCAGUGUCAUUUCAUGUGCUCUGGUGAAGACUUAUUUCUAGUUCUAAAAUUUACACUAGAAUGGAAGAGUUUAGCUGUCUUAAUCUUUUCUGGAAUACAGAUAUACUUUUUAAAAAUGAUAGGCUAGGAUGGUGUUCAACCUGUUUUCUAAAAACUCAUAAAUAAAUAAUUUAGAUACUUUAAACUCUGA